AUGCGGUACGAUCAGGCGAAGAACUUUCAUUACAUAGCGCAAGCAAACUCCAGUUUCGAAAAAGUCGGUUUGAAUUUCACGGCCAAGGCUGAUCGAACUAGGGUCGCGUUCUACAGCGUUUACUACAACACGAGGACAGAUGAUAUAAGCUCCUUGUGUGGACCUGUGAUCGAUGACGUUAGAGUUUGGUUCGCCGGGUCGAAGAGAAUCGGGGCUGGUUUCGGGUUUGGGGUUUCGGUUCUUGUUCUUCUCGUUAUCGGUUGGGUUUAG